GCGCGCAGUCCCAGUCGGCCGGGCCCCGGGCGCCGCAGCCAUGGCGGAGCGCCGAGCCUUCGCGCAGAAGAUCAGCAGAACAGUGGCAGCUGAAGUGAGGAAGCAGAUCUCAGGCCAGUACAGCGGCUCGCCCCAGCUUCUCAAGAACCUCAGCCUUGUGGGCAAUGUUUCCCACCACGCCAGUGUUCCCCUUACUGAAGCUGUGGACCCAGUGGAUUUGGAAGAUUACUUAAUCACUCAUCCCCUAGCUGUGGAGUCUGGGCCUUUACGGGAUUUGCUUGAGUUUCCCCCAGAUGACAUCGAGGUUGUUUACAAUCCCAGGGACUGUCGAACCCUUGUGUCAGCUGUACCUGAAGAGAGUGAAAUGGACCCGCACGUUAGAGACUGUGUAAGGAGCUACACCGAAGACUGGGCCAUUGUGAACAGAAAGUACCACAAACUGGGAACUGGCUUUAAUCCUAACACGUUAGACAAACAGAAGGAAAGGCAGAAAGGUUUGCCCAAACAGAUCUUUGAAUCCGAUGAAGCCCCCGAUGGUAACAGCUACCAGGAUGAACAAGAUGACCUCAAAAGGCGAUCCAUGUCCAUCGACGACACUCCAAGGGGCAGCUGGGCCUGCAGCAUCUUUGACUUGAAGAAUUCUCUGCCGGACGCCCUGCUCCCCAGCCUGCUCGACCGGACUCCAAACGAAGACAUUGACCAUCAGAAUGACGACCAAAGAAAGGCCAACCGGCACAAGGAGCUUUUUGCGCUGCACCCGGCACCAGAUGAGGAAGACCCCAUAGAAAGACUCAGCAUUCCUGAAAUACCCAAAGAACAUUUCGGUCAAAGACUUCUUGUAAAAUGCCUAUCCCUCAAAUUUGAAAUUGAAAUUGAACCCAUUUUUGCAAGUUUGGCUUUAUAUGAUGUCAAGGAAAAGAAAAAGAUUUCAGAGAAUUUUUACUUUGACCUGAACUCUGAACAAAUGAAAGGCAUGCUGCGUCCUCACGUGCCCCCCGCGGCGAUCACCACGUUGGCAAGAUCUGCCAUCUUUUCUAUCACUUAUCCCUCCCAAGAUGUAUUUCUUGUAAUAAAGCUGGAAAAAGUUCUACAGCAAGGAGACAUUGGAGAGUGUGCGGAGCCGUAUAUGAUUUUCAAAGAAGCAGAUGCCACUAAGAACAAAGAAAAGCUGGAGAAGCUGAGGGGCCAAGCAGACCAGUUUUGUCAAAGGCUGGGGAAGUACCGCAUGCCCUUUGCUUGGACAGCAAUCCACCUGAUGAACAUCGUCAGCAGCGCGGGGAGUUUGGAGAGAGACUCCACCGACGUAGAGAUCAGUGCCGCAGAACGCAAAGGAUCGUGGUCUGAGAGGAGAAAUUCCAGUGUUGUUGGCAGACGAUCCCUAGAGAGGACAACAAGUGGAGACGAGGCUUGUAGCCUCACCACCUUUCGACCGGCGACCCUCACUGUGACGAAUUUUUUUAAGCAGGAAGGAGACCGCUUAAGUGAUGAGGAUCUCUAUAAGUUUCUGGCUGAUAUGAGAAGGCCGUCUUCUGUCUUACGGAGAUUAAGACCCAUCACGGCUCAGCUGAAGAUCGACAUUUCUCCUGCACCAGAGAAUCCCCAUUACUGCCUGACCCCCGAAUUGCUGCAGGUCAAACUCUAUCCUGACAGUAGAGUUAGACCCACUAGGGAAAUCCUGGAAUUUCCCGCCAGGGAUGUGUAUGUCCCGAACACUACUUACAGGAAUCUCCUCUAUGUAUAUCCCCAAAGCCUCAAUUUUGCAAAUCGCCAAGGCUCUGCCAGGAACAUCACUGUAAAAGUCCAGUUUAUGUACGGAGAGGAUCCAAGCAACGCCAUGCCGGUCAUCUUUGGCAAAUCCAGCUGUUCAGAAUUUUCAAAGGAAGCCUACACAGCUGUAGUGUAUCAUAACAGAUCCCCAGAUUUCCAUGAAGAAAUUAAAGUGAAACUUCCCGCCACCUUAACCGACCACCACCACCUGCUUUUUACCUUCUAUCAUGUGAGCUGUCAGCAGAAACAAAACACUCCCCUCGAGACUCCAGUCGGCUACACGUGGAUACCAAUGCUUCAGAAUGGACGACUGAAGACUGGUCAGUUCUGCUUGCCCGUCUCCCUGGAAAAGCCACCACAGGCUUAUUCGGUGCUCUCUCCUGAGGUGCCUCUUCCGGGAAUGAAGUGGGUGGAUAACCACAAGGGUGUUUUUAAUGUGGAAGUCAUUGCUGUAUCUUCUAUUCAUACCCAGGACCCUUACCUGGACAAGUUCUUUGCUCUGGUUAACGCCCUGGAUGAGCACAUGUUCCCAGUCCGCAUAGGAGACAUGAGGAUCAUGGAAAAUAACUUGGAAAAUGAAUUGAAGAGCAGUAUUUCAGCUUUGAAUUCCUCUCAGUUGGAGCCAGUGGUGCGGUUUCUUCACCUGCUGCUUGAUAAGCUGAUUCUUCUUGUUGUGCGGCCGCCUGUCAUUGCUGGCCAGAUAGUGAACCUUGGACAGGCAUCUUUCGAAGCCAUGGCUUCCAUAGUCAAUCGACUGCACAAAAGCUUGGAAGGGAGUCAGGACCAGCACGGCCGAAACGGCCUUCUGACGUCAUAUGUUUAUUAUGUUUUUCGCCUGCCCAACACCCGUCCCAGCUCGCCAUCACCAGGACCUGGGGGUUUGGGAGGAUCCGUGCACUAUGCUACAAUGGCUCGAUCUGCCGUGAGACCUGCCAGCCUUCACUUAAAUCGCUCCCGGAGCCUCAGUAACAGUAACCCAGAUAUAUCUGGGACUCCUACAUCUCCGGAUGAUGAAGUACGGUCAAUUAUUGGAAGCAAGGGCUUAGACCGCUCCAAUUCCUGGGUUAACACUGGUGGUCCAAAGGCUGCCCCAUGGGGAUCCAACCCCAGUCCAAGUGCAGAGGCAACACAGGCGAUGGAUCGAAGUUGUAAUCGUAUGUCUUCGCACACAGAGACGUCAAGUUUCUUACAAACAUUAACGGGACGUUUACCAACUAAAAAGCUUUUCCAUGAGGAGCUGGCUUUGCAGUGGGUCGUCUGCAGCGGCAGUGUCCGUGAGGCAGCUUUGCAGCAAGCCUGGUUCUUCUUUGAACUGAUGGUGAAAAGCAUGGUGCACCAUUUGUAUUUUACGGAUAAGCUUGACGCUCCGAGGAAAAACCGCUUUCCAGAACGCUUCAUGGACGACAUCGCUGCGCUCGUCAGCACGAUUGCCAGCGACGUCGUUUCUCGGUUUCAGAAGGACGCAGAAAUGGUGGAAAGACUCAACAUGAGCCUGGCCUUCUUCCUCAACGAUCUAUUGUCUGUCAUGGACCGAGGCUUCGUCUUCAGCCUCGUCAGGGCCUGCUACAAGCAGGUGUCUUCGAAGCUUUACUCGCUACCAAACCCAAGUCUCUUGGUGUCCUUGAGGCUGGACUUCCUGAGGGUCAUUUGCAGCCAUGAACAUUAUGUCACCCUAAACCUGCCCUGCAGCUUACUCACGCCGCCAGCCUCGCCAUCCCCAUCAGUGUCGUCUGCAACAUCUCAGAGCUCUGGAUUUUCCACAAAUGUCCAAGACCAGAAGACAGCAAACAUGUUCGAGCUGUCUCUGCCCUUCCGCCAGCAGCAUUACCUGGCGGGACUCGUGUUGACUGAGCUGGCCAUCAUCUUAGACCCUGAUGCAGAUGGUUUGUUUGGAUUGCAUAAGAAGGUCAUCAACAUGGUACACAACUUACUGUCCAGCCAUGACUCAGACCCGCGGUACUCUGACCCCCAGGUAAAGGCCCGGGUGGCCAUGCUCUAUCUACCUUUGAUCGGCAUCAUCAUGGAAACUGUGCCCCAGCUGUACGAUUUCACAGAGACUCACAAUCAGCGGGGACGGCCGAGCUGUGUGGCAAUGGAGGAUUAUGAAAGUGAGGGUGGAAAUAUGAUAAGCCAGACGGUGGCCAUGGCGAUCGCCGGCGCGCCGGUCCCCCAGCUUGCGAGGCCCAGCAGCUUUCUGCUCACUUCCUCGACGGGCCGGCAGCACUCCAUGUUUUCCGCAGAAUCAAGCAGGAGCCUUCUGAUCUGCCUGCUCUGGGUCCUCAAGAACGCAGACGAGACCGUCCUGCAGAAGUGGUUCACGGACCUCUCGGUCCUGCAGCUUAACCGCCUUCUGGACCUGCUCUACCUCUGCGUGUCCUGCUUCGAGUACAAGGGGAAGAAAGUCUUUGAAAGGAUGAAUAGUUUGACCUUUAAGAAAUCAAAGGACAUGAGAGCCAAGCUGGAAGAGGCCAUCCUUGGAAGCAUCGGAGCCAGGCAAGAAAUGGUGCGUCGCAGCCGAGGGCAGCUUGAGAGAAGCCCCUCAGGAAGCGCCUUCGGAAGCCAGGAAAACCUGCGGUGGAGAAAGGACAUGACUCACUGGCGCCAGAACACGGAGAAAUUGGACAAGUCAAGGGCAGAGAUUGAGCAUGAAGCUCUUAUUGAUGGAAACCUUGCAACGGAAGCAAACUUAAUAAUUCUGGAUACAUUAGAAAUAAUCGUGCAGACGGUUUCCCUGGCGGAAUCCAAGGAGAGUAUCCUGGGUGGGGUGCUGAAGGUGCUCCUGCACAGCAUGGCCUGCCACCAGAGCGCCCUCUACCUGCAGCACUGCUUCGCCACACAGCGAGCCCUGGUCUCCAAGUUCCCCGAGCUGCUCUUUGAGGAGGAGACAGAGCAGUGUGCGGACCUGUGCCUACGGCUCCUGCGUCACUGCAGCAGCAGCGUUGGCUCCAUCCGUUCCCACGCCAGCGCUUCCCUUUACCUCCUGAUGAGGCAGAACUUCGAGAUCGGCAAUAAUUUUGCCCGUGUGAAGAUGCAGGUCACCAUGUCGCUAUCAUCCCUGGUGGGCACCUCGCAGAGCUUUAACGAGGAGUUCCUGCGGCGCUCCUUGAAGACCAUCCUGACGUACGCUGAGGAAGACCUGGAGCUGCGGGAGACGACGUUCCCGGACCAGGUGCAGGACCUUGUCUUCAAUCUCCACAUGAUCCUUUCUGACACGGUGAAGAUGAAGGAGCACCAGGAAGACCCCGAGAUGCUCAUUGACCUGAUGUACAGAAUCGCCAAGGGCUACCAGACGUCUCCAGACCUGCGUCUGACCUGGCUGCAGAACAUGGCCGGCAAGCACUCGGAGAGGAGCAACCACGCCGAGGCCGCCCAGUGCUUGGUGCACUCGGCUGCCCUGGUAGCUGAAUACCUGAGCAUGCUGGAGGACCGGAAGUACCUGCCUGUGGGAUGCGUGACCUUCCAGAACAUCUCGUCCAACGUCCUGGAGGAGUCGGCCGUGUCAGAUGACGUGGUAUCUCCCGACGAAGAGGGCAUCUGCUCGGGAAAGUACUUCACGGAGGCCGGGCUGGUGGGGCUGCUGGAGCAGGCGGCCGCCUCCUUCUCCAUGGCCGGCAUGUAUGAAGCCGUCAACGAAGUUUACAAAGUGCUCAUUCCUAUUCAUGAAGCAAAUCGGGACGCAAAGAAGCUGUCCGUCAUUCAUGGUAAACUCCAAGAGGCGUUCAGCAAAAUCGUCCAUCAGAGCACGGGCUGGGAGGACGGCAAGCGGAUGUUCGGGACCUAUUUCCGUGUGGGUUUUUACGGGACCAAGUUUGGGGACUUGGAUGAGCAGGAGUUUGCGUACAAGGAGCCCGCGAUAACCAAGCUUGCCGAGAUCUCACACAGACUGGAGGGGUUUUAUGGAGAAAGAUUCGGAGAGGAUGUAGUCGAAGUAAUCAAAGACUCUAACCCUGUGGACAAGUGCAAAUUAGACCCUACUAAGGCGUACAUUCAGAUCACAUAUGUGGAGCCGUACUUUGACACGUAUGAAAUGAAGGACAGAAUCACGUACUUUGACAAAAACUAUAAUCUUCGACGUUUCAUGUACUGCACACCCUUCACUUUAGACGGCCGUGCCCAUGGGGAGCUCCAGGAGCAGUUCAAACGGAAGACCAUCCUCACAACGUCCCACGCCUUCCCUUACAUCAAAACCAGAAUCAACGUCAUUCACAAGGAGGAAAUCAUAUUGACCCCCAUUGAAGUUGCUAUUGAAGACAUGCAAAAAAAGACCCAGGAGCUGGCCUUUGCAACACACCAGGACCCAGCAGACCCCAAAAUGCUUCAGAUGGUCCUCCAAGGGUCUGUGGGCACAACCGUAAACCAGGGACCUCUGGAAGUCGCCCAAGUGUUCCUGUCAGAGAUACCCCAUGACCCCAAGCUCUUCAGGCACCACAACAAGCUCCGCCUGUGCUUCAAAGACUUCACGAAGAGGUGUGAGGACGCCCUGAGAAAAAACAAGAGCUUGAUCGGGCCCGACCAGAAGGAGUACCAGAGGGAGCUGGAGAGGAAUUACCACCGCCUGAAGGAGGCCUUGCAGCCACUCACCAGCAGGAAGAUUCCUCAGCUGUACAAGGCCCUGCUGCCCAGCACCGGCCACAGAGAUUCCUUCAGCAGAAUGAGUCUUCGCAAAGUGGACCUCUAGGGAAAGACACAGCACUUGCCCUGGCUUAUUGAAAAGAAAGCCAUGUCUUCAGCAACAUCAGAACCUGGGACUUCGUUUUGGACACAUGCUUUCAUGUCCUUCCGUGGAAGAGUUCAGUGGUCAGAAUGAUACUAAAUUGUGAACUGUAGACUGUUACUGCGUCAAAACCAUGGCUGUGGUUUCCAGUGUCCUGGGAGAUACUGCAAGCUUUCCAAAAGCCAUUUCUAUGAUUCACAGGUACACUAAAUACAUUUACUAUUAUUUAUAGCAUACCUAAUGUUAAAUUUAUUUACAUUAAGUUCAUAGAUUUAAUUUAUAUUAGGAGCUUUUCCAGAUGCAUUUUUGAACCAUUUUAAUGUAGUAAUGUUUAUUUUAAAGGUACUUAUUAAAUAUGUGGAUGUUUUCACUUAUUUUA